AUGGAUCAUGUGCAUUGCAAUGUUGGCUCCCAAAUUGUAGCUGUGACAAGUGUGUCACCAGCUAAAAUAACCGAACCACGACAAGUUUGUCAAAUUCUAUUCAAUGAUGAAACAAAGAGGACAAUUGAGGGAUGCUACCAAAUGGUAUUGUACUAUGAGAAGGUUGAAGAGGAGGAUCAUGAUUGGUCCUUAACUGGUUGGAUUGUGGAAUCACUUGCUAGGGCCUUAUUGGAUCAUCCUCUACUGGCUGGUCGAGUCCAAAAAAGGGACAUAACAGGAUUGGAAAUUGUGUCUAAUGAUUCUGGAAUUCGACUCUUAGAGGCUCAUUACCCUACAAGCUUAUCUGAGUUCCUUGAGUCGAAUAAAAAUGAACACGAUGAUGAUCAUGAGGCUCGCCUUGUUUUCUGGAAUGAAAUUGAUGGCCAAUUUCCUCUGUUCUCUCCCCUCUUUUAUGUUCAGGUGACAAACUUCAAAUGUGGAGGAUACUCAAUCGGCAUUUGUUGUAGCCUCCUCUUGGCAGAGGUUUUGGUAAACCAAAAAUUCCUUAAUAAAUGGGUACAAAUACACAACAUGUUACCUACAACCUCAAAAGAAGAAAUUAACACAUCCAUAUUUAACUACCCUCGUCUAAAAAAUCACAAUUUUCUCUCUUCAGAGGACUUAAUCAACCAUACUCAAAACAAAAACAGAGUUCAAAGUAUUGUAUUCAAAAUCACUACUAAAAAUGUAAAAUUUAGCAAAGAAUUGUGGAGGGAAUUGGCCAUGUUUUGCAUUGAAGAAGUGGAACAAAAGCUAGACACAAAAAUAGGUUCUAGUUUCACUUUGGUUGUUAAAGAAUCCUUGGAGGUCAUUGAGGUAGAAAGUGUCACAAAGAGUGGAUACACUUUGAAUGAAUUGGGCAUUAAGAAUCAAAUUAAUUGCAUUGCAUCAUGGAAUGAUUUUGGAGUGUAUGAGGUAGUUUUUCAUGAAGAAAAUAAGCCUGUUCAUGUUUCUUGUUGGAUUGGGUCGGUUGCUGAUGCACGUGUUAUGAUAGUUCCAUGCCUAGAGGAGGAGAAUGCUUGUUUUGUGACCGUAGCUUCCCCACGUUAGAAUGUAAUCAAUCAAUAUAAACCAU